AGAUGGAGCCCUCUUUGGACCAACCGGAAUACGCCGUCUUCUUCUGCGUGAUGGGCGCCGUGUCGGCCAUUGUCUUCUCGACGUUGGGAGCUGCCUAUGGAACCGCUAAGGCCUCCGUUGGAAUCUCAUCGAUGUCGAUCAAGCAUCCGCAGCUGAUCAUGAAGGCGAUCGUUCCGGUGGUCAUGGCUGGCAUUAUAGCCAUUUACGGGUUGGUGAUUGCGGUUCUGCUGGCGGGCUCAAUCGUCAAUCGCCAUAGCGCCUACAAGGGAUUCCUGAAUCUUAGUGCUGGACUGGCUGUGGGUGUUUCUGGGAUGGCGGCUGGAAUUGCUAUUGGCGUUGUGGGGGAGGCUGGAGUCCGGGGAUCUGCCCAGCAGCCAAAAAUAUUUGUAGCUGUCAUCCUUAUUCUGAUAUUCGCAGAGGUCUUGGGUCUGUAUGGUCUCAUUGUGGCCAUUUACUUGUUUACCAAGUGAUUCGGUGGCAAUAAACAUGUUUCAUUCUAUGAAGCAUUUUACAUUUACAAAAUGGAA